AGCACUUAUAUAAUUUGUACAUAUCACCGGCACCGGCCAACAUAUCACGAGCAAAGAAGAAACCUAUAUUCUCACACAAAUAUUACAAUAAGAUCAACAUAUAUUAUAGACCAAUAUUCUUCCUUAAAACUCCAAAACUCUCUUUUCUCUCCAACCAAACAAGAAUUUGAGCAAAGCCCAUCAGUUUAAUGUCCCGUUGGAGCCUAGCGAUUAAGAAGCUUUCGCCUGCUAAGAAGGCGUGGAAGAGCUUCGUAACCAAAAUACAACCACAUCUCAGAAAACUUAUCAAAAACACCCUCCCAAAGGCCAUUAGAGCCGCCACUCAUCGCCUCCUCAUUUCCUUCCGCUCCUUUCUUCCUGCCAAACUCCGUCCGAUUUCGAACUCUCGUCGGAGUUAUCACAACACCAAUAACCACUAUUGUAGCCGCCAAUACUACUACCAAAACAAAAACAAAUCACCUCUUUACAAGAGUUUCGCGGCUAUACACAUAGACGAGCUCUUUGAGGGAACCACCACUACUACUACAAAAAAUAAAAAUAUUCUACGUGAUUGUAAUACCAUGCAUGCAGAAGCAGGGACGAGCGCUGAUAAUAAUAAUAAUAUUAUUAUUAUUAUUAAAGAAGGUAAAAAAGCGGUUGAUCAAGUUCAUUAUGAAUAUAAUAAUGAUCGUGAUCACGAUGAGAGGGAUUUGCAGAGGACUGAGAGUAUUUACAGUGUUGAGGACGCUUGGAAGGCGGUGGUGGCGGCGUCGCCGCAGCUGCGAUGUGUGGACGAGAGGGCUGAGGAGUUCAUCUACAAGGUAAGGCAAGACAUGAGGCUUCAGAAGGAGAAGUCCCUUGUUGAUUUCGAGGAGAUGUUGGCUCGAAGCACCUAA